CGCCGCCGGCGCGGCCCCGGACUCGAGGCGUCGGAGAAGCCGGGCAGGAGCGGCGGCCGGUCCCGGUGUCCCGCGGCAGGAGCAGGCGGAGCCAGGCUGGCCGGACAUAAGGGACAUUGUGGCGUGAUAGAAUGGAUGAACAAUCACAAGGGAUGCAGGGGCCUACUGCUCCACCAUUUCAGCCACAGAAAGCCUUACGACCUGAUAUGGGCUACAAUACGCUUGCUAAUUUCCGAAUAGAGAAGAAGAUCGGCCGAGGGCAGUUCAGUGAAGUUUACAGAGCAACCUGCCUGCUGGAUGGGGUACCAGUGGCUCUGAAGAAGGUUCAGAUAUUUGAUUUAAUGGAUGCCAAAGCCCGCGCUGACUGCAUCAAAGAAAUAGAUCUUCUUAAGCAACUGAACCAUCCAAAUGUAAUCAAAUAUUAUGCCUCAUUCAUUGAAGACAAUGAACUGAACAUAGUGUUGGAAUUAGCAGAUGCUGGAGAUCUCUCUAGGAUGAUAAAGCAUUUUAAGAAACAGAAGAGGUUGAUUCCUGAAAGAACAGUUUGGAAGUACUUUGUUCAGCUUUGCAGUGCCUUGGAACAUAUGCAUUCUCGUCGUGUUAUGCAUAGAGAUAUAAAGCCAGCAAAUGUAUUCAUUACAGCUACAGGAGUAGUAAAGCUGGGAGACCUUGGACUUGGUCGAUUUUUCAGCUCCAAAACCACAGCUGCACAUUCUUUAGUUGGUACACCUUACUAUAUGUCUCCAGAGAGAAUACAUGAAAAUGGUUACAACUUCAAGUCUGACAUCUGGUCUCUAGGCUGUUUGCUCUAUGAGAUGGCUGCACUGCAGAGUCCCUUUUAUGGUGAUAAAAUGAACUUGUACUCUCUGUGCAAGAAGAUAGAACAGUGUGACUACCCACCUCUCCCUUCAGAUCACUAUUCAGAGGAACUGCGACAAUUAGUUAAUAUGUGCAUCAACCCGGAUCCGGAGAAGCGCCCAGACGUCACCUACGUGUACGAUGUAGCGAAACGUAUGCACGCACACACCGCCAGCAGCUGAGCAGCCAGCAGAGCCCUGGGAAAGCAGCAGCGAGAACCGAGUGCUUGAAACAAAUCAUCCCGCCUCUCCGUGUGUGUUACACCAAUGUAAUUAUUUGAAGCUUACUGUUGUGCUUUGAAUUGUAAACCAAUUUAUCUCCAAGCUUUGUUGUUUUCCGUUUAUUUCUGGGUUUUGUAUUUUGUACUAACUUGCAGUUGUACAACAGGUUGAAAUAUGGAAAGCGUAAUUUUAAGGCGCCGUGAAUCGCUGUUUCCACGUUAGUGGGUUCAAGUAUAUGUUCUGUAAUGACAAAAUUGUAUUCGGUUGGGCCUCAGUUCUAAAACACAGUUGCACUUUUGCACAUGAUACAGAUAUUAGGCUUAUUAUCAAGAAGCAAAAUGUCUGAAUCUCUCACCUUUUUAGUAAUUUAUGAAAAGUAUGAAUCAGCGCAGUGAAAUUUAUUUUAGUCUUUGUUCCGAGAGGAACAUAAUUAUUACAGGAUCUUACUGUAUUUUAUGUUGAAUUGUACUUUCCAGUUCUUGCUGUAAGAGUAGGCAAGGAAUAGAAUUUGUUAUCUGCUUGCCAAAUGCAAUGGAAAAAUAAUUUCAGGAGAAAUUGUCGUGCUGAAAUUUUUGUAACAUCCGCUUUUGUUUUUUUAGUUUCUCAUAAUACACAAAACAUUUGUUGAAGGUUUUCUGGGAAAAUUUAAGGUGUCGAUUCAGCAAUCUGGUCAUUUUCACUGGACUUGUGCAGCACUGCCUUGGGGCAGUGGGAGUCUGCAUAGUUCAGUCUUACAAACAUGCAGAUGCUUCUUGCAGCCAAUAGGGUUCUUUUGUGGCUGUCCUGUGAGCAGGUCUGAUUAAAAGAUAUGAUCUUUAAGUUACAACUUCCCAGCUGUUUGUGUAUAUGUCACUGUUUGUAGAUUUUUGUGUUUAAAAUAAUUUGAGUGUCCUUACAGUAUAUUUAAAUUUGAAUAUUUUUUUUUUCUAAAUACUGAAAUCUUUUGGCAAAGAUAUAAUAGUCUAGUAUAACACAAAAUGUAUUCUACAUAAAUAUAUGAUUAUUGUAUACUGUAUCCUGAGACUUAGUUUUAUAUUUAGCAGAAGUAAAUUAUAGCUUUUUUGUUUAAGAGAAAGUUGCCAUGCCUUAAUUUGGGAAAUAAUUAUAUAUGCAAACUGUCUUACAGAUACUUUAUUAGUUUAAAAGGAAAUUCUGAAUAUUUUUGUUAGACCUUAGUGCCUUUUGGGGUAUGCGUGUAUGAUAUUUUCAUUGUUAAGGAAGGAAUGUGUCUUGUUUUCAAGUGUGGUAAAAAUGGAGAGUGAAUUGAAAUUCCUUGAGUUUCAAGACUGAACUUUUUUUACAGAACUGUCAAAAGGUAAUUGUUAUCAGUGAUAGCAGCUAAGGAGCUGUUACUGUCAGUUAAGUCUUUUUCUUUAUGUGGGUAAAAAGUUAGGUCAGAUAAAAGCAGCAGUAUGUACAUACACAUCUAGGUUCUAGAUGCAGUCACAUCCCUGCAUGCUCAGAUUUGUUUUGCUUGUUUGUUUCUCUGUGCAGCUGUAAUUUUUAUUUGAUAUAAUGCUCAAAGAAAAAAAAAAUUGUGGAGUUUGUGUUCAAGGGAGGGUCAGGGAUGUUUUCAGUUUUGUAUUUUUUAAAACUAUAAAUACUAUGAAAAUUGUGUUUAAAAAAAAAAAAGGGAGUUUUUAGAUGGUAUGUGCCAGAUCAUCAGCUCAUCUUAAUUACAUACUUUUUUAUUUUUUUGUUUCCAUUUUUUUUAAGGACAAAUUGUAUGAAACCAUAGUUUUAUUUCUCACGUCUGUGUGCACUUAACCUUAUAGAACUUCUGUGGAACAAUUUGUUGGAAAGUAAUUGAGGAUUGUUGGUCUGUGUUUAGCAACCUCUAGGUUUGUUUUCAUUUAUUAAAUGGUUAUAUAAUUUAAAACAUGAUGAUUAUAUUCUGUAACAAUGUUUCACGUGUCAUAGAAUGAAAUGCUUUGUAUUGAAAAAGGCAGCACAAUAGUUGCUUGACUGCCAGAAUUUAUUCUUAAUAUGCACAAGUACUCUUUUUUUUUUUGUUUUUUUUUUUUUUUUGAAAUGUGCUAGAACAUUUAAAAAUCGCCAAAAACCCCAAAUGCAAUGCAGGCUAUUUUUAUCUAAUAUUGUGCAUAAAGUAUUGAACUUUUCCUGCCAGAAACUGCUGAUAGAUAUCCCUCCCCUGGAAAGGUAUGUUGAGUAAAAGAAUCAUGAGUUAAGAGUUAGCAAAUGUAAAGAAUCAUGAGUUAAGAGUUAGCAAAUGUGCAUACUCAAGCAUUUAAAUUUUUUAGCAAAGUGGGGGAUUUUUAGUAGUUAUGAUCAAAUACUAUGCUGAGGAAAAGAAAUAGUUGUUCCUGACUUAAAAUCUGUGAAAUGAAUGCUGCACCUGACUGGUACCAAACUCUAAUUAAAAAGCCAAUGUGGGUUAAUAAAACUGCUUAAAUAAAUGGGGAUUGUAGAGUCUCUCCCUAAAAUAAAAUACCCAGUAACAUAUGAAAAUUAUAAUUUUUGUUAUAUCACUCCAGUGUAUGCUGUGUGCUUAUAAAAUAUUUUCUUUUCUAAACUUCCAUCCCAUUUUUCAUGUGUUGAUUAUAACAUUUGGCACUGUUUGUUUCAGUCUGUGGCAUUAUGUGUUUAUUUUCUUUAAGGAAAACAUGUUACAUUUCUGCCCAAAAUGUCUGACCAUCUCCUCCUUUUAUUUCAGUAAUGCUCCAGUAUUAACUUGUGUCAGGAGUGAACUUUGUGCUUUGAAUGACAUUGCAUAAAUUCCCUUUGUGUCAAAAGCUCCCCUGCUGUGCAGUAAUCCAGUAGAAAUAAAGCAUACAGGUAUUAAUUGUAAUGUAAAAAUUAAAGUGUUUCUAUGAUAUUUUUUCAAAUUUUUCUUUUUUAGAUAUGUAUAUAUUACAGUAGAUGCUGCCUGUUUUGUGGACAACUUGCUGCUUUCAGUAGUUGAUUCUAGGUGAGACUUCUAGACUGUAAGAAAAAACCAGCAUACUAAAAAAAUAAUUUUUGUAUUAUUUGUCAAAAUAUUAUCUAAAAAUACCACAUCCAAUAUAAUGUGUGUUUUAAGUGAAAAUUUUAAAUUAAAAUUAAAAUUAUUUGCAGGCCAUAUUAAAAUACAUGAUAAAGCAUAAAAAUAACAAAGAGUUCCCAUUAUGGCCCCAGUCCUGUGAGCUCAUGUUUAUAUUUCAGCUGGUUUUUAUGUAAUUUCAGUCGUUUUGAGUGAACCACAUCUACACACAUGAAUAAACAGUAAUCAGUAGGAUAGAUAGCAAUGAUGUGCUCAGCUCACUUUUUCUAGUUUCUGCGUGUCCUUGGUUUGGUAGCAGAGAAUAAUUUGGGUUUUUUCCCCUCUUUCGUUGCACUCCUAAUGAUCCAGCUCCCAAUUGUAUGAGCAGGCAGUAGAAGGGUGUUUUUUUGUAAUGAGCAGAAACUUUAAAAACAUGCCAGUAUAGCAGGAGGUGAAAUGUGGUAUUAGAAGUGUCUGAGAAGGCUGGUGUUUUAUUCAUGCUCAUGAUUAAGAAAGCCGUAGAGUGAAAUUCUUGACAGAGGCUUGGAAAUGGAGAGGAACUUUAAUGCCAUUGGUUCUCAGAUACCUCUGAAUGGGACCCAGAAUCGCAGGGAUGUUUGUUUGCAGCAAUCUGUCUGCUGAAUCUCUUAUCUUUGCUGUUAUACAGUGUGAUGAGAAUCUCAACAGCUGGGCUGGAGUGCUGGUGAAUGCUGCGUUGGCUUGUGAGCUUGUAGGAACAGGAGGAGAUGUGAGGGAGAGUCAACGAAGGCCUUCGGGUCCUGUUUUGUGAAGACAUAAAGGUGCUGGAUGGCAGAGGUCAAAUCACUGUUUUUUCAUAAUUUUUAAUAGUCUUUAUUAGUCUUUACCUACUUCAACAGUCAAAAUUUUCCCAACCCAGCCAUAUCCCCACAUUAUCUAGCCAGUGGCACUGUGGGUCUUUUGAAUUUCUGAUCUCUGGUUUGAUCUUGGUGAGUAAAUCUUUCUGGCAAGGAGGGAAAUAGGGGUGCUGACUCUGCCUGGUGGGGUGCUACUUAUGUUUCUGAACAUGACUCAAAUAUAGAUAUUUAGAGGGUUUUUUUAAACUUUAUUCCCUUCUCUGAUGCUUUUGAAAAAAUAUUUUCCAUUUAUAUUCACCAUUAAAGUUCUGUGACUCCUGGCUUCUGCUUUGUCAGUCGUGUUGUCAGCCCUACCCUCUUCCUUGUCUGAAGUCCUGUGUGUUUUGUUUUCCUCGUGGUCAUUAGUCUGCAUCUGUCUUUGUGAUUUUGCUAAACUCAACUCAUUUCUCUCCAGAUUUCAUCCCUCCCCAUGGGCAAGCCCAGUUCCUUUCCCCUGAUCAGUACUUUAUUCCUUUGUUCUUCAUUCUGUUCUUCCAGCCCAGUGGCUCUGAUUUCUAGUUUUAGAUAGGUUUUCUCACUGCCUCAAUCAUUCCCAUGACCUUGUCUUUACUAAAUACUGUUCACUUUAUUAUCUCUCAUUUCUAAAUUCCCUUUCUCUGAUCACUACCUGCUCUCUUUCAGCUUAUCUGUCUUUCUCUUUCCUCUACCCUGUCACUCACCCCUUUUGGGAUCUCCAGUCUAUUAACCUUUUUGACUCCUUCAUCUUCACUGCUGCCUCCUUCCUUCAUUGGCCUCACUUCUUUUGACUCACUGGUCUUUAUUUUUAUCUCUAUCUGCUGCUCUGUACAUGAUGUCUCUGGCUGCUUCUCAUUCUGCCCUGUCUCUGUUCCUCCCUCCAGACAUACUCUCUUGUAAUUUCUUAAUUUCCAUUCCAGCCUUUCUGAAUAUCAGAAGAGUGUGUCAGCACAACACAGCUUUGGACUCAGCUUUGCCUUACCUGCUUCAAUGCUCUUCCCAAGUGGACUUUUUAAUCACUUUUAUCUCACUUUUUUUUUUUCUUGUUGAGCUUGCUUGCAGAUCUGCUUUUCAUUUUUGUUCUCCAUCCAUUUUUGAUACAAAAAUUUCAAUCCUGAUUUUGUUGCAUGACAAGAUCCUUUUCAAAGUUGUUUUUAUUCUCAAGAUCUCUUUCUGAACUGAGCUUCUCUGCCUCUUAACUGUGCAAGUUUGGCUCUUUUAUUUCUGUAUCUUUUAUGCCUCUCAUUCCUUGCAGUGAAUUACUUCUUCCUUCAGUAGCAACCAAGCUUCUCUUUCAUCUGCCUUUAAGGGGGUGGUGCCCAUCAUCAUAACUGUUUCUGGUUUUAAUACUUUGUCCUUUUUUCCUCCCUCUCAUGUAAUUUCAUGUACCUGAACACCCUCUCUCCGGUUUGUUUUUGGAUUUCUUUAUGUUGCACUUUAUUUGAAUUCUCCAAAAAUCUAGUGCUCCUCCCCCCUAGUCUGGUUCUCUCUGGUUCUAUCACCAGAUAAUUCCUUUAGUAUCCAGCCAGCCUCAGACCUGUUCAGAUUCAAAGAUCUAAUUUUUAUUUCUGACUCCCCCUAGACUGCUUCCUAACAUCCCUGACAAUUUUACUUGCCUGUUUUCCAAGGCCACAACCUUUCUAACUCUGAUACUUCUCCCAUGCCUGUGUAUCAAAUGUCUCGGAGUUAGAUGUAUCAGAAUCCAGCCCCCUUUAUCUGUUCUUUCUUAUCUUUUAUCUUCACUGAUUUAACCUCUGUGUCAUUUUAGCUUUUUUUUCUCCCUUCAAAGUAUCAAAAUUGACAGGACUAAACUGUCACUGGGCUUUCACUGUUUUGUGUGCUGAAGAAGGAACUCCACCAAAUUACAACUUGUUUUGUGUUUUAAAGAGACCCAAUCCCACAAAUCUGAUCUUAUUUCAGUACUGUAGAGUUGGAAUAGAUUGUUUCUCCAAGUAUGUUGAAAGUUCUUGAAUUUGGGCCUUUACUUUUCCGUCAUUUCAGAUAAAGAGAUUUUUCCCUUUACUUUUCUGUCAUUUCAGAUAAAGAGAUUUUUCCCUUUACUUGCUUUAUAUUUAUUUUGUGUAACUUUGACUUGUCUUGUUCCUGCACAUACAGCUAACAGUUGUUUUCUUGCUAUAGCAACUUGAUUUCAGUACUUUUAACUAUUGCUUGAAACAAGAAAGUGCCUAAGAACUUCCCUGGCUGGACCCAUAGUUGGGCACAACGCUCCUCUCUGUUCCUGUGCCACCCAGUGCAGGGCAGAGCUCAGUGCUCUUCUGCUUCUCUACCCACACUACCCUAACAUAAAGCUAAACCAAAGCUGCCUCUGUGGUGGGUGCAUGGUUUUCUGUGUGGGUGCACGAGCUGACUUCACGCUUUUAGCAGGCUUUCAGAGGUGGAAGAUUGUGUGUUUGCAGAGAUUCACUCUUGGUCAAAUUGUCUGGCCUUUGAGUGCUCAUAAUUAUCCUGAGAUAUGUUGAGAUUGAGAAACGAAAAUCCCCGUAAAACUGAGAAGUUUAGUGUUUUGGAACUGGGGGGUAUAGAGGUGAAUGUCACAUUUGGUGUGGGCAUACCCACACACGUUUAUUGACUUUUUAUUUGCACCAGAGUAAUUAUUUUGUUUUAGAGGAUCAGUUGUUUGCUGGCACAAAAAAAAAAAAUUCUAGUUCUUUUCAGGUUUUAUAUUUACUCCCUGUUGCCUGCUUGUGUCACAUGAUGCAGUUAAUUCUUCUACAGCUGCUUUAGUGAUGGGUGUUGGCCUUGCAUCUUUUGUCUAAUUGUGAUUUUCUGUCAUAUGGAAUUAAAAAUAGGAAAUUGAGUCCUUCCUGAUAGUUCCACUUGUUUUACAUUUAAACCCUAGCAACAGAAAGAGGUCUCAAACAGGAAGAGAAAUGGUCCCCAGGGUAAAAGAAAUGUUCUGGGGUUCCUUACUCCCUUUCCACCUCCCAGCCCCUGUUUCUCUGGCUUCCCUGGGACACUUGCAGGGGAUAUGGCACUGCCAGUGUAUCAAGGGCCAGUAGAAACUUUCUCAGUGUGGACAGGAAAUCUCCCAGUUUAAAAUGCCUGGGAAUAUAUUUGGUAUUGUUAUUCACCUGAUAAUUGAAAAUGUGUAAAGAGCAAUUAAAAAAUCUGGGUUUGCUGUUACAAAAAGAAUUUUAAAUCAUGCAAAAGCCUUUUAAUGUGGUGUUGGUCUUCUUCAGUACACUUAAUUUGGUGCUUGUUUCUUUGAUUUCAGUCAUGCUGGACUGCUGUAAAGAUGAUUCAUUAAAGAUGAGUGUUGCUUUUUUUGUUGGGAGUGGGGAAAACAGGAGGCAUUUACUGAUUUGUUUGAAUUCGGCUGCUGAUUGUGCUUGAGUUGAAUUUUAUAAUCAUUCAGAGUGGAAUGGACCUCUAGAGAAGUCUCUAGUCUAGCUUUCUGCUGAGAGCUGAGUCAGUGCUGAAUUCAGAGCAGGGCUCAAGGCUUCAGCAAGAUCUAGAAACCCUCAAGGGAGGGUGAUUGUGCAGCUUCUGUGGGCAGCCUGCUCCAGUGUCUCGCUGUAAACCUUGUGUGCCUUGUGUGCAGCCAGAACUUCCUCAGUUACAAGUUAUAGCCAUUCUUUGUUCUUCGGCCACUCCUCAAAUGUUCUUUAUAUUGCAGAAAGGUAAGUCAAGUAUUGGAACAAAGAGAGAACUUUGGAUGUUCUAUUUCCUGAAAAUUUGUUAUUGCUGAUAAAUAUGUUCACGCAGUACUUCUGCAUCCUAUAUGAUGUGUACACCAUACUCAUUUGCAACUCGAGUGUAAAAUAAAACUUUUGGCAGUAAAACUUGAUACAAA